UUUUUGUUGCUUCUUGUUCUUGUUGUGUUUGACAGCUAUUACGAUACGCCGAUCUUAACACCACAGAAUGCAGCCACCUGGUGGUGAUCCAGGUCCAACAGCAGCAGCACCAGCAGCAACAGCAACAGCAACAGCAACAGCAACAGCAGCACCAGCACCAGCACCAGCAACCGCUCAGAUUGACAUUGACAGGCGAUUCGCAUCAGCAGCUGAACCACCACCCCGACCGCCGUUCCAGCCUCUCGUGCAGUACCACCAUCACCACCACGACCACCACCACCACCCAGCCUCAGCGUCUCCACAAGGACAGGGACAGGGACAGGGACAGGGACUGGGACUGGGACUGGGACAGCGACCACCCGGAGCGCCGCCGCCCGCCAUGCCGCCUUCCACCGCUCCGGCGCGCCCGCCCGGCCCGGGGCUGUCGUCGUCCCUAUCAAUAGGAGCACCGCCGCCGCCGCCGCCGCUGUCCGCAGGUGGAUCGCUGCCGCACCUGGCGCGGGGCAUGGCGGCGGUGGUGUCGAGUUCGUGGAGCUGGAUGCCGCCCCCGAGCACGAGCUACAGCAGCAGCAGCAGCAACCAUCACCCCAGUAGCAGCGUCGCACAGGGCAGCACCCAUGCUGCUCGCGAUGCAAACAGCAGCCACGGACAGCAGCACUACGGCGUUCCAGGCGCACUGCACGCUACAGCUUAUCAACCCCAGCAGCCCCAGCAACAACAGCAUCAGCAUCAGCAUCAGCAACAGAAUGCUCAGCAAUCCCAGCUAUCACAGCAUCAACAACCGCAUCCAUUGCAGCAGCAGCAGCAGCAGCAGCAGGGUCAGGCACCAAGCUCAUCAGCAGUAGUAGUAGUAGUAGCAGGGUCACUGGCGAAGAGUGGAUCAGACGACAUGGCGAUUGACAGGUCCACGGCACCAUCCGCAUCAGCAUCAGCAGCCCCCUUGGCAGCAGCCCCCUCAGCCAGCACACCAAGCACAGGCACUGCCGCCACCCCUGUGAUCAGCACCAGCACCGUCGACGGCAGCAGCAGCAGCAUCACCAGCGGCAGCACUGCUUACACAGACCAAGCGUUGAGGGAGCAGCAAUUCCUGAAAAUGGCGUCAGUCUACACGCAGCAGCUCAGGGAGAUUGGAAACGCGCUCGUCCAGGUGGACAAGACGCUCGCUGCGCGGUCUGCCGUCGCGGAUUCGAAUUUGAGCAUGCUGCUUCGUGCAUGCGCAGAGCAUAUCGACACUGCAUCAGCAGAACGGGAAAACACUACCAGGGCGUCACCUGCGGGCGCUGCUUCAGACAUUCCUGCCUCGUCUUUUGGGGCCGAGCGCAGAAAUCUGGAAGCGAGCGACACUGAAUCCGAUGGCACUCCCUCCAAACGAGCACGGUUGGACAAUGGCUGGUCCGCCACGUCUGCUGGCAAUAAUAAUAACAACAACAGCAGCAACAACAACAACAACAACAACAACAACAAUCCUCUGCCUCCACCUCCACCCGGAAUGUCUGCUUACCCACCGCCGCCACACGCCAUGCAAGCCCCGCCCCAACCAAUGCAAAUGGCGUACGCUUCCAAUUAUUCGGGACAUCCCUACUAUAUGCCCUCCCCUUACCCAGACCAGUCAAUGCCAUACAACUACUCCUAUGGCAUGUAUCCGCCCCCUCCUCACUAUUAUCCUAGUCAGUACGGGCCACGCUCCAUGCCACCUCCUCCUCCUCUUCAUCACCAGCAGCAUCCUUAUCCCUAUCAGCAACCAAUAAUGCAGCACCCUGUCAGUCAGCCUGUCCCGCCUGUCCACCACACUCAUGCAGAGUACAAGCCGACGCACGCGUCCGCGAACUCUGUCGCCGCCGCCGCCACCGCGGCGCCCACUGUGGUACCUGCUGCGCCGACGUCCGAUGGCGCUCACAAGACGAAGCCAUUGCCCACCGAUCCUCCUCACACGAACAAACCUGGUUCUUCCAACGAGAGCGAACGGGUUAUCGAGAAACCGGCCUCGUCCGAAUCAACUCAGCCCCGAGACAAUGUCCAACACCCGCCGCCGCAGUCGGGAGGACAGCAGCAGCCGUCGCAAGCACAUCACCAGAACGGGAGCGAGGCCCCCGUCACACCAAACACGCUUCCGCACGCCUCCACCUUCCUCGACUCCCCUCGUGGAGCUGGUAAAUCUCCUCGCGAGGACGGUCCCAACCCAGACCCUUCCAAUGGCGCCAAGAUGGAACAGCUUGCAGAUCCGACACAGCCAGUGCAGCUUGGCGAUCCAAUGUACUCUCACUUUUCGGUCAAGCAAGCCAAGGCCGAGCCGAAAAGCUCGUCCGAGUUUCACUUUACCUGGUCAAAGGACGGCCAGCACACUGUGCUCACCCGAGGCCGGUCGAAACAACGCCCCAAUCUUUCCCGCGAGGUGGUUGAGGUGUUGAAGAAUUGGCUGUUUGCGCAUUCUUCGCGCCCUUAUCCCUCUGAUGUUGAAAAGACAGCCAUGAUGGCCGAAACUGGCAUUUCGCUGUUACAGCUCAACAACUGGUUUAUCAAUGCUCGACGCCGGCUGUUGCAAAAGCCUGAUUGAUUUGCUCCAAUGGCUUUUUUUAGUACUCAAGCUUCCCGUAACGCCGAUUACUUGUCUGGUUUACGAUCUGCUACCACCAUAACUUCCCUAUUCGUUCUUGUUUUUGUUGAUGUCGUCCUUGUUCUAGUCGUAUUCUGUUGUUGUUGUUGUGCCCCUGCUUCCUCGCUCCACGAUCUCCAAUAUUUUGUUUCGAUAAUCUUCUCAUUUGUCGAUCAAUUGAGCCA